GUCAUCAAACCUAUCCAGAAGUAAAGAUGAGUUUCGUCAAAAUACUUUUCUUUAUUUCUCUCGUCUGUGGCUUGUAUGCGGAACUGAAAUUACCCGCUGGAUCCUGCGUUUCCAAGAUCGUGAAUGGGAAGCUCGUACAAGUUGGAGAUUGCCAGAAAAACGAUGGAUCUGAAAUCGCCAGACUGAUCAAAAAGAAUCUUGACGAGAAGAAAAAACCCAAAAACAAAUGUGACGUCACAUACGAUUUCAAAUGCUACCGAAUAUUUGUAACUGACACAAAGAACAUCACUGUCCGUGAUGCCGAAGCAAUUUGCAACUCAAAGAACAGCGGAAAACCAGCGAAUAUUUACGACGAAGCUCAUUUCCAGAAACUACACGCAUUUCAACGUACACAGAUCAUCGCUCCUUGGAAAAAGACGUCGGUCUGGACAGGGAUGAAGUAUAAGGAAUGCAGCUUCAAUUUUCCAAUGGAGAACAUCGUCUCUGCCUUUCAAGCGUGUGGUUUCCUGGCAACCCGUCUCGCAAGUCAUCAUUCACAAAUGUUGGAGUCAGUGUAA